UUUCCCCGGCUGGGAGUUUGCAGGAGCUCAGUGUGUUCCUCGCUAGCCACCGACAGCCUCACUGGACUCGAUCUCACCCUCAGCCACUGUUACCUGAGCUCCAUACUGUAUUAUUCACUGCGGCAUCAAGUGUAUGUUUAUUUGAAUCUGUUCUAUCACCCCAGCACCAGCGUUCAGUCCAACAUGCUGGCCGCUUUGUUACGAUUACAGGAGCUGCACUUUAUGGGUUGAAGUCUGCUGAGGGUGGAUCCAUAUGCAUUAACCAACCUUGCUUCUCUCCACCUUCUAAACAUGUCAGGUAAUCGGUUGGUGACAUUAGAGUCGGCAGCAUUCCAGUCUGUAGAAACACUGUAGGUACUGAGGUUAAAUGGGAAUCCGUUGACAUGUGACUGUCAUCUUUUGGUGACGCUCAGACGUCUUUGCUUUGAAGGACAUUCGGCAUCCUGUGCUUCUAUGCCGUUAACCUUUCGCCAAGCUUGGAUUCUUACCCACAAACCACAGGAUGUCCGUACGGAUGCGGGGCAAACCGUCCUGUUCUUCUACAAAGCAGAUGAAGACCCAGUGCCUUUCAUCUUCUGACUGAAUCCAAAGGGAUCCCUCCUCUUUUGCUCGAAUAGAAUUCAUGUGCUGAGCGAAGGGACUCUCGAAGUGCGUUACACGGAGGUACAAAACAGCGGCUACUACUUGUGCAUUGCUUUAAAUGCUGAAAGAAGCCACAGCAUCUUCAUCAGGCUCGUUCUUGCCAGAGGUGUGGCAUGCCGCAUCCGGCCGAGCACCGGUUGA